AUGUUCAUCGCACACAGAGUGUGGUGCGAUUCUCGUUUCUCUCGUUUCACUCGUCUACUGAAUUCAACACAUGCCCAUCGCAUCGGGCACGAAUUGUUCAUUUGGUUCAAUAAUAUUUUGGUUUCAUCCGCUGUAUCAGCAGUUUUCGCGCCAAUUCAGACAAUUGUCAUCGCAAUAGAUGAAAUUAUUUUCAUUGUUCACUGUUUGCACAAUAUACAUUUAAUGAAUUCAAAGAAAAUACCGUAAUUGAAUGAUAGUUCAGACAUUUUAUGUUUGAUUUUGAUUUUAUUUUGUUUGAAUAACGUGAAUUUGUUUGAAAAAAAUAUGAGUGAUUCACCGUCUUGUUCGCGGUCAAAGCGCCAAAGGAUCGACAAACACGGUCGUUUCGCGGCAUUGGAGCGAUUGAAAAAUCUCAAAGGAAACAAAAACAAAUAUGAAGUGGCCGAAAUUGAAAAUGUUUACGAGGAAGUGUCCGAGAGAGAAUAUUCGGAGCGAGUGUUGUCACGGGCAAAUGAUGAUUGGAUUGAAGACGAUGGCACGGGCUACGUCGAAGACGGCCGUGAAAUUUUCGACGAUGAAGAAGUGGAGGAAGAAAAUGAAGAAACCAGAAAACGUGACAAAGCCAACAAGAAAGGGAGCAAAAAGCGUGUCCGUGAUGUGAACAAACCGGUGGAAGGCAAUGCAUCGAUCCGUAGCAUGUUUGGCAAUGUGGUCGCCAAGAAGAAGGAAAACAAAGUCAAUAUCAAUGAAGAUGACAUUUUGGCGGAUAUCUUGGGUGAGAUUAAUCCCGAAUCGAAUGGCAACACAAGCACAUCAACCACUGCAAGUUCAAAGUCAAACACAUCAACAGCUACCAGUAAAAUGAAUAAAAAGACUGAAAUGGCUUUGGUUAAGGAUUAUAUUGCCAAUUUUUCAAAGGUUGUUCCACGCAAGCAAGAAACCAAAACCGAGUCCACCAGUGACGAUGAAAUAUUGGAACGUCUAUUGAAACCGGCCGUGAAUGGUACAGCAAAAGAUCAGUCAAACGUUCGUCGUUCUCUGAAGCGACCGCGCGAUGAAACAUCGCCAGUAAAGACUAAAGCCGAAAUGGAAUCAACACCAGCGAAAACGCCAAAUUCACAUUCCGCAACCAAUGGCACUGACAAGAGCCAUGUCGCAAUGAAAGCAGAACCAGUUACACCAAGUGUUGCGAAUGAUGUGGACAUGAACGAAUUGAUUGGUGACGAUUUGGAUUUCAGCAUGUUGGACGAUGCAGAGAAUCAGUUCAACGAACAUGUGGCUGAAACAAUGUCAGCUUCCAACGAGUCAAAAGCCAAGACGGAACAGAUCAAGGCCGAUUUACUGAAAAAAGAGAAUGAAAAUUAUGCCAAGCUAUUAUCGAGUUGGGAAAAUAGUUUUGCCGACGAAAAAGAUGAUGACGACGAAUUGCUGGGGUCAAUUGAUGUGGAUGGAACACAGGCAUCAAUUACAAACACCGUUGAUGGCAAGUCCAGCAUGAAAUUUUGGUAUUGGGAUGCCUACGAAGAUCCAAUCAAAUUGCCCGGCAAAAUUUUCCUAUUCGGCAAAAUUGUAUCGGACCAAAAUCCAAAGGAGUUCAAAUCGGUUUGCAUUACAGUGGAAAAUGUCAAUCGAUGCCUUCAUUUAUUGCCCCGUCGAUAUGCUUUGGAUCCCAUCACAAAACAGCCAACCAAGAAGGAAGUGGCAAUCGGUGAUGUUUACACGGAAUUCAACGACUAUCUCCCUCACGAUUUCAAGUGUAAAAAAGUCACGAAACAUUUUGCAUUCAACGUUCCGGGUGUGAAGGUGCCACAGACGUGUGACUAUUUACAGGUGCUCUACACUGCUAAUCACCCACCGCCAGACGCCAAGAAAGUGUUCAACACCAUCGAGCACGUCUUCGGUUGCAACACAAAUCCAUUGGAAACGUUUUUGUUGCAGCGCAAAAUCAAGGGGCCAUGUUGGUUGAACAUAAGCAAUUAUCAAGUGAGCAAAGUGCAACAGUCGACUUGGUGUAAUUUAGCGAUCACAUGUGCAAAUCCAUCAUUGAUAAGCGUAGCCACCGAUGUGAAAGCGUCGCCACCGCCAUUGGUCAUUGCCACCGUAUACGUUCGCACUGCUUUGCAUCCAAAAACACAGACAAAUGAAAUUGUUAUGAUUGCCUGUUUGAUCAAUAAUAAAUUUUCGGUGGACAAAAAGCCACCAAAUCCACCAUUCACAAAGCAUUUCUGCGGAUUUACGCGGCCAAGUUCACAGAACUGGCCAAUUGUUGGCAUGAAUGAUGCGGCUGCAAAGUAUAAGGGUUUGAAAGCAACUAAGCUAGAUUCAGAGCGUGCGUUGCUCAGUUGGUUUUUGGCCAAUUUCAAAAAUCACGAUGCCGAUUUGAUUGUUACGCACGAUGCAAGCGAUUGUCAGCUGGACAUAAUAUGCGAUCGAUUGCUGGCCAUAAAACUGCCAAUGUGGUCUCGAAUUGGUCGAUUGAAUUUGUCGGCAAUGCCGAAAAAGUUCAAGGAUUGUUUUGUGGGUCGCAUGAUAUGCGAUGUUAAAUCAUCAGCCGAAGAAUUAAUCAAAUCAAGAAGCUAUGAUUUGGAUACACUCUGCGAAACGGUGCUGAAACUCAAAGAGGGAGACCGAAUCGAGGUAUCAAAUGAUGAACUGCAUGAAAUGUACGAAAGUGCCGAUGGCAUUUUAAAAUUGAUUACUCUCACAUUGCAAGAUUGUUCAUACGUGCUGCGAAUCAUGUGUGAGCUAAAUGUUUUGCCGCUGGCACUGCAAAUUACAAAUAUUUGCGGCAAUUUAAUGAGCCGUACGCUGCAAGGUGGUCGCUCAGAGCGAAAUGAAUUUUUACUUCUACACGCAUUCGAUGAAAAGGAUUACAUCGUGCCGGAUAAGAAGAUUCGCGAAUCGAAUUGGAACAAAGACGAAAACAUGAUGGACCAAUCACAAGCAGUCAAUUCUACGCAGGCCUUUGGUGCAACGCAGGCCUUUGGUGGAACGCAAGCGAUCGCAUCAACACAAGCGCCAGCACAAGCACAAGGUGGACGAAAGAAACCUGCCUAUGCCGGUGGUUUAGUUUUGGAGCCCAUCAAAGGUUUCUACGACAAAUACAUUUUACUGAUGGAUUUCAAUUCACUGUACCCGAGCAUCAUUCAAGAGUACAAUAUUUGCUUUACCACCGUCGAUCCGCCCGAGCACGAAGACGAUCCGAUUGAUGUGCCGGACACGUUAUUGAAGCAAGGAAUUUUGCCACGUCAAAUUCGCAGUUUGGUCGAGUGUCGUCGUGAGGUGAAAAAACUGAUUGUGCCCGGUAUGGAUGCUGAUUUAAAGGCUCAGUACAAUAUUCGUCAGUUGGCUUUGAAACUGACAGCCAAUUCGAUGUACGGUUGCUUGGGUUUUUCACACUCACGUUUCUAUGCCAAACAUUUGGCUGCAUUGGUUACGCAAAAAGGACGUGACAUUCUGCUCAACACCAAGGGAAUCGUUAUGAAACUCAAUUUUGAGGUUAUUUACGGUGACACCGAUAGUAUAAUGAUCAAUUCACAUAGCACCGACUACGAUGAAGUUUUCAAAAUUGGCCAUUCAAUAAAACAAGCGGUCAAUAAAAUCUAUCGUCAAGUUGAAUUGGAUAUUGAUGGUGUUUACAAGUAUAUGCUGUUGUUGAAUAAGAAAAAGUAUGCUGCUGUCACGGUGACAAAGACCAAGGCAGGCGAAUUGGAGUGUCAUCAAGAGCACAAGGGAUUGGAUAUCGUUCGGCGUGAUUGGUCUCAAGUGUCAGUUAUGGCGGGUAAACUGGUUCUUGAUGAAUUACUGUCCGAUGCACCGUUGGAUGAACGUAUCGAAAACAUUCAUGCAAAAUUGGAGAAAAUUCGAGAUGACAUCAAUAAUGAUGAUAUUCCGUUGAAUAUGCUAACGAUCACAAAGCAAUUGACGAAAAAUCCACGUGAAUAUCAAAAGAUCCAAUCGAUGCCACACGUUCAAGUUGCACUGCGCAUGAACGCCUCGAAGAAUAAGCGAUACAAACGAGGCGACAUGGUUAGCUAUGUGAUUUGUGAGGAUGAAACGGAGAAUAAUCCAAUGCAACGUGGCUAUCAUUUGGAUGAAUUGAAGAGCGAAAGCAAAUUGAAGAUUGACAAAGUGUAUUAUUUGGCCAAUCAAAUUCAUCCAGUCGUAUCACGUCUGUUGAAACCAAUCGAAGGAACCGAUGCAGCGCGUAUCGCACAAUGCCUUGGCCUUGAUCCAAGCAAAUAUCGUGAAGGGGCACAAAGAACUUCAUACGAUAAUGAACGUAGUGAAACCAUCGGUGAGUCCAUUGUACAAUCGAAUGCCGCAAAAUAUCGUGCUUGUUCGAAGUUCACGUUCAAAUGUAUUGGAUGCAAAACGGACAACGUCAUCGCAAAGCCAUUUGCUAAGAUUGGCAACGAUUUUAAGCCGGUGCUCGACGCAUGUGCAAAUAAAGAGUGCCUUCAUCGUCCAAUCGAUCAAUUGGAAAAUAUUAAGAAUCACUUGUCGCUGGCGAUCAGAAAGGCUAUUCGAGACUACUACGACAAUUGGAUGGUGUGCGAUGAGCCGAACUGCAACCAGAGCACACGCACUUAUGUUCAUGUGGCUGAUGGCAAGGGCCAUCCGAUGUGUUUGGCUUGCAAGCGAGGUCAUUUGCUCAAGUGUUACUCCGAAGGCAACUUGUACCUGCAACUACGAUACUUCCAGUUCAUGUUCGAUCUACCAAAAUAUGAACAUACACUGAUUCGUAUCCCAGAUCAACGUAUUGAAGUGGCCUUUAAUGGUUUGCGUGAACAUGUUGAUAAGACAUUGAAACGUUCGGCAUUCCAAAAUGUCAAGCUAUCCGACAUCUUCCGCAAAAUGAUUCCAGCCCAGAACAAAACAACCAACGGGACCACUUUGACAGCAUAAACAAUUUCAACAUAGUCAUGUUUCAAUCAAAACACACAUGCAUUUUAGUUUUUAACGAGUAGAAUUAAGAUUAUAUUAUAUUAUUGACAAAUUUUUUCACACCAUUCGACUAUUAAAUAAUUAAAUGAAUUUACAAACAAACCACGGAAUAACAAUACAACAAUAAAUCGCAGUGGAAAUCCAUUUUUGAAGA